UUGGUCCUGAUUUGAUGUUCUUCCUGCACAGAGGCCGACUGUCGGGAAAAAAGAUCUAUCUUUGUGGUCGGGUCUUUCCACUUGAGUGUAAUUGAUUUCUAUGUGAAGAUGUUUUCUUAGCCUCGGAGUCAUUCCCCGUCAUGACCUCACCGGGCCGCCCCUCCACUUGAAUGGGAUUCCUCAUCGCCUCCCUGUCGCUCGUUUCGUCACCGACUGUCUCUGCCGCUACCCACCGAUCCAACCCUUUCGAUAUUUGGGAAUCUGUGAGCUUUUGGUUUCUCUAAAUCAGAUCAUUAAUGGUUUGAUGCGAAACCCUCCUGUCUGAUCGGCAGAAGAGCGACGACGCCAAAUCUCCGGUAUCCUGCGCGUCAGGGCCUUGGCCAUGGGGGGAUCCAAGAGUAAGCCCAAGGAUGUCGGGCAGCGAACCCGCAGCCUCGAGGGCAACCUCAGCUCUGGAGGAGGGGCGGGCGGCCACCACCUCAGCGCCAAUCAACAGUCCCAAACACCCAAUCGUAGUCCUACUAUGGAUGGAGGUCUGGGUGGCAAUCAGUCUAUGAGCAAUCCUCCAGAGCUCACCCUGUUUGGAGGUGUGGACAAUAAUAGUGUCACCUCUCCCAACAGAAUCACACUAGCAGGAGGCGUGACGACCUUCGUGGCAUUGUAUGACUACGAGUCUAGAACGGCCUCAGACCUCUCUUUCAGGAAGGGUGAACGCCUCCAGAUAGUCAACAACACGAGGAAGGUGAACUGCAGAGAAGGCGACUGGUGGCUGGCGCGCUCCCUGACCACCGGAGAGAGCGGUUACAUCCCCAGCAAUUAUGUAGCUCCAUCUGACUCCAUCCAGGCAGAAGAUCAUCUCAGACUGACUCUAGAGUCCAGGUGGUACUUUGGCAAAAUCACUCGCCGCGACUCUGAGAGGCUGCUGCUAAGUUUAGAGAACAGAAGAGGGACUUUCCUGGUGCGAGAGAGUGAGACCACCAAAGGUGCCUACUGUCUGUCUGUAUUGGACUAUGACAAUACCAAAGGGCUGAAUGUGAAGCACUACAAGAUCAGGAAGCUGGACAGCGGAGGCUUCUACAUCACGUCACGCACGCAGUUCAGCAACCUGCAGCAGCUGGUCAACCACUAUCGCAAGCAUGCCGAUGGGCUGUGUCACAGUCUCUCAGACAUUUGUCCCGUACUGAAGCCUCAGACUCAGGGCUUAUCUAAGGAUGCCUGGGAGAUCCCGAGAGAGUCCCUCCGUCUCGACCUCAAGCUCGGACAGGGCUGCUUCGGAGAGGUCUGGAUGGGAACCUGGAACGGUACAACACGUGUGGCAAUAAAGACUCUGAAGACCGGCACUAUGUCCCCUGAGGCCUUCCUCCAGGAAGCUCAGGUCAUGAAGAAGCUGAGACACGAGAAGCUGGUUCAGCUCUAUGCUGUGGUGUCCGAGGAGCCGAUCUACAUCGUCACAGAGUACAUGGGUCAAGGAAGCUUACUGGAUUUCCUGAAAGGUGACAUGGGUAAAAUGCUCCGCCUCCCCCAGCUGGUGGACAUGGCCUCACAGAUUGCUUCAGGGAUGGCUUAUGUGGAGAGGAUGAACUAUGUGCACAGAGACCUGAGAGCUGCUAACAUCCUGGUCGGAGAUAACCUGGUUUGCAAGGUGGCUGAUUUUGGUCUGGCUCGCCUCAUUGAGGAUAAUGAAUAUACUGCCAGGCAAGGAGCCAAGUUUCCCAUCAAGUGGACGGCUCCUGAGGCUGCUCUGUACGGCCGCUUCACCAUUAAAUCUGACGUCUGGUCAUUCGGGGUCCUGCUGACUGAACUGGCCACCAAAGGCCGAGUGCCCUAUCCAGGUAUGGUGAACCGGGAAGUGUUGGACCAGGUGGAGCGUGGCUACAGGAUGCCGUGUCCAGCAGAGUGCCCCGAGUCCAUGCACGACCUGAUGCUGACCUGCUGGAGAAAAGAGCCCGAGGAGAGGCCCACCUUCGAGUACCUGCAGGGCUUCCUGGAGGAUUACUUCACCUCCACAGAGCCUCAGUACCAGCCAGGAGAGAACCUGUAACUGGGCUGAACGUGGAAAUGUGCAUGCGUCAUGCAUGUGCAAAACUGAGCAUGUGCAUCUAUCUACUUCAGAGUGCAUGGACAAGUAUGUGUGUGAGGGUUUGUAUGUACAGUAUAACGGGGCAGAAAGCCGACGGCAUUCUGGGGACAAUCGGUAAACAUCAAGGAGCAUCAGUGGGACGUCAAACCAAUCGGCAACAUUCAGUUCCUGCCUCUUUCCAAAGUUAGCCAUGCUCUCCAACUGUUCAGCUCUGAGGGACUGUAAGUAAAAAAGUAGGUAAAAGACUCAACUGUGGUAUUAUUCUUGAGCUUAUCAUACGGUACUGUGUAAUUUAGUUUGUCAGUCAAGUCAACACCGUACACACCCAAGCAGGUUUUUCUACCUUCCUUGUGUUUGUGCAUAUAUAUAUAUAUAGAUAUAUCUAUAUCUAUAUAUAUCUUCCUCUGUUAAAAACACCUGACUGAACUUGUUGUUUGCCAGUUUCAACACUGCACCAGACUAUGACAUAAAGACUGCAUAGGGGUGGAACACGUCCAGAGAAUUAGAAGUGUUGCCCCUCUAACAGCACCACUUCAGGAUGUCUAUUUUUUACCACCUUUUCUUUGGGAUACCAUUUGAAACUCUCAGAGUUUGUCUUCCAUUUUGCCACUUGCGAAGCAACUAUUUGGGACGUACGAUAAUUUGCCAGGAUAUUGUGAGUUUUAUUUAGUCAUUUAGACCUGGAUCAACUGGAAUAUAUUCAGGUAAACGAUGUUAUUCUGUAAUCAUGCUUCCCCUGUGCUUCAUUUCCGGCUGGUUUCCCAACUGCUGUGAGAUUUAAGUACGAGACUAACACCCUUGAUUCUCAUAAGAGUGUGUAGACUCACUCGCCACUUGGGCGAAUUGGUUUAUCGCUGUGACCAACAUACAGCUCAACUCAAAGAAGAGAAGAGGCAGAGUCUGUCUCUCUAUUUUCUAAUUGUGACUGGUCUCAGGAUGGAGAAGACUACAAUUCUGCUGCAACGAUUUUUGUGCCAAUGAAAAUCUCUUUUUUUUACUCUCUUCUACUGUGUAAAAGUGUAUUUUACUACUCUGCUUUUCUUAUAAAGAAGUUUGAGUUGUGUAAGCAGUUCUUCUUCUUAAAGGAUAAUCCACUGUUUUGAGAUCCUGCACCUGUGUACAGUACCAACCGGCUCGCCGGCCUGGUUUCAAGGUGCUGAUUUUGUUUUCAGGCAUUAAAAUUAAAAUCAGGUGAAUCUUAUUGUCUCCGUACAGUUCUGACCUUCAUAAAUAUGAAGAUUUCUAACUUUAAUCAGCCUCAGUAUUUCCCUAAUCAGUGCAUCUUUCUGCACAAUCGUACACUGGAGAUAUGUUUCUGUGAUAAAUGAGCAACUGAGUGAUACCGAGUAUGGUUAUGCCUUCCUCCAGCCUGUAGGGGGCAGACCAGAUAGCCUUCCCAUGUAAACAGCAUGUAUAGCAAAUAAAUUGGUAUCUUGAAACUAAAUUGUAAAUAUCCUCAAUGCUAAUAUUUUUGUAUAUAUAUCAUCUUUAUAAUUUAUUCCUCUUUUAAAAAUAACCCAAUUGUUUAUUUGGCUUUUGGCACCAUGAUUCCAACUUUAAUGUUUAUGGUAGUUUUAUUGGUUAAAUAACAUCUGACGAUAACAAUAUAAAUAUAUAUUAUAGAAACACUUUUUGUGAACGUAUUUCUGUGAAACGUAUCUUGGUUGUACAUUUUCAAUAUGACUUGAAUUGGUGAGGGAGAUCUGCUCCGUGUCCCCAGACUCGCACCGUUUCUUACUUGCCAGAUACUGAUCAUCUACCAGCGUUACUCCUUCCCAUAAUACAAUCAAAACCACAAAUGUUUACACCGUGAUAAUCUUCUAAUCAUUGUUGGUGCUGCUUCAGAGGCUGGUAAAUGAGCAGGUAAUCAAAUGUCAUUGUGGUUAACCUUGUUUCUGUUUUUCUGGGUACACCUGACCAACAUUGUGUGUGUGUGUGCGUGUGUGCGUGUGUGUGUGUGUGUGUGUGCUGCCAUCCUCUACACUUCCACGAUCACUCAAUGGCUUGAUCGACGUCUCCAGCUUGUUGUUUAUGAAGCACUACACGUUAAGACUCCAUGCAGAAGAUGAUGUGACUGCAACAGAUGGAAGGAGUUUGGUAUCUGUGUAGCGUCUACUAUGUCCUGUGGACAUGGGUUAUGCCACAAUGAAUGCAUUGACCUGCAUGGGCGUAGUCAGGUUGUCUGGCAUCGCCCCCCUUCUUUCCCUGACCCGUCUGUCUCACUUAAUACUUAUGAGCAAUAGUGCACGAAAAAAGAUCAUAUUGUCUGUAUGCAGCCUUGCUUACAAGCCAAGGACAUUUCCUGUUGGGUAUACUGUGGGUCUUCUUUCUGGCUAUGCAGAAUAUUUUCUUUUUUAAAUCUGUGAUAUUCCUACAUAUACUCUUUUCUACUGUAUCCAAUGGGAAUGUUCAGAUAAAUAGCUCUUUGUUAAAUCCUACUGAAUAUUGUUCACAUUUGAAAUUACGUUUGAAUAAAAUUUGUAUAUUGCCAACUG